AUUCAUUGUAUCAGAUUGAGACGGGAGGAAGCAGCGAGCGACUCGACUGGUCGGAAAAGCGACUCUGCUCCGGGAAACACUGAAAACUCCGACUGCUAGGCACAUAAACUACAGGGAUGGCAGCCAUCCGUAAGAAGCUGGUAAUAGUGGGGGAUGGAGCUUGUGGGAAGACCUGCCUUCUGAUUGUCUUCAGCAAGGACCAGUUCCCUGAGGUCUACGUCCCCACCGUGUUUGAGAACUACGUUGCUGACAUAGAGGUGGACGGCAAACAGGUGGAGUUGGCUCUCUGGGAUACUGCGGGUCAGGAGGACUAUGACAGGCUGAGACCUCUCUCCUAUCCAGACACUGACGUCAUCCUCAUGUGCUUCUCCAUAGACAGCCCUGACAGCUUGGAAAACAUUCCAGAGAAGUGGACCCCAGAGGUCAAACACUUCUGUCCCAAUGUUCCCAUCAUCCUGGUAGGAAACAAGAAGGACCUGCGCAAUGAUGAGCACACACGCCGAGAGCUGGCCAAGAUGAAGCAGGAGCCAGUCAAGGGGGAAGAUGGUCGGGAAAUGUCUAGCCGGAUUGCAGCAUUUGGUUACAUGGAGUGCUCUGCUAAGACCAAGGACGGUGUGCGGGAGGUGUUCGAGAUGGCCACCAGGGCGGCACUGCAGGCCCGCCGCGGAAAGAAGAGCAAUAAAUGUGUCGUGCUGUAAAAUGGCCGACAUAUUUGGACUGUUUUCACCUUGGGUCAUUGUACCCAGGGGCUAGGGCUCGGGAGGGACAGAGGGAUUACUAGAUGGGAGAGGGAGGGAGGGGACGAAAAGAGUGCAGUAAAUGACUACCGCUGUAAAAUGGCUGUUUGUUGGACUGAACUUAUCCUGGGACUUUGGGAAGACUGAUGGAGAGGGACUGGUGGGUGGGGAUGGGGUUGGGGGGGGGGGGGGGGACUACCGCUGUAAACCAUUGGGCUCUUUACCUGUUUACCAUCAAGUUGGGAAAUUUACACCAGCCACCAGUACAUUCAGUCUGUUCAACAAGCCACUUACACUGAUGGAGAUCAUCAGGAGAUCCUGGUCCUUUUUAAAAUCUAUCUGACUGGUAAAACUCAUGAAGCUGCAGGUGAAUAGUGACCUGCCUGGAUGAUUUGACAGAUGGAUGGGGACAAACAGACAGCACAGUAAAUGAGUACCACUGUAAACAGCCACCAGUGGACUAUUCACCUGUGGCGGUUGUACCUGGAAGUAGGGUUAGAGUGGGUGUGAUAAAACUGCAUGCACCAAACCAGGGCAAACCUUGCAGUUUUCAUAGCCUUGCACACUCAGCCUACUUGUUACAUGCUGUGGUUACAUGGGCAGGUCAUUUAAACAGCCCCACAAGUAGACAGAUCACCAGUAAACUGUAUGAAUCAAGAACUCAGAGUGGUGCUUUAAACAGGUUUGAGGUAGAUUAGCUUGCAGUUUGAACAAAAAAACUAUAUUGUAAAAUAAGGCAUUUAGAAAAGUUUGUCCUGAUUAGGUUGCUGUAUCCACGGUGGUAAACAGGCGGUCACGUGCUGUCAGGUGCUUGGGCCUUAUGUGUCGUAUUAUCCGAGCAGCGUGGAGCUACACGCUCACAUGUCCAGCUCAGUGCCAUUUAGUCUCCCACUGUGGCUAAUCCUGCGCUCACAGACAAACACUGAGUCGCUCUCAAUGAGAUGAUCUGUUACAGCCAGCUGAUGGUGCUGCUAUUUGCAGACAAUCUGGAGUUAGUGCAGUUUGAAUUUUUAAAGAAAGAAAAGCGCUGGUUUCCUGUGCAUCAUCCUCUGGUGUGUAAGUCAAAGUGGCUCUCAUCACUACCUGUAUUCCAGUUGCUGCUUUGAAUAUUAGGCAUCAUACCAUAGUAGUGUUGUAGAGGACAGUGUAACGUUCACUCGCUUCCAAAGGAGCAGCAUUGUGAGCCCUCAGUGUCAGGGCUGGACGUUAAAAGCACCCACGUGCUGGUGAAUCUUUACUGAGGUUGGUUUGUGUGCUUUAAAACGUGACCAUUCUGUAACAUAAAACAUUUGUUGGGACUGAAUCAGUGGAAGUGGCAGGUGAAUGGUGGGCCCACUGGAUGACAGAGGUAGCGUCCUGCCCUACAUAGUACAACCUGAGCAAACACCGCCAUGGCUCAGCUCCCAUCCCUUCCUGUUCCACAUAGCUGACUGCUGGUGCUCAUCUUCCCCUGGUUUCAGACCAGGACAAAGAACAAGGAGAGGAGAGUAUCGUGUUUACAUGCACACCAUUGAUCUCCUUAUUCGGGAAGAACAACUAUUAAUUUUGUUUGUGUAGGCAUGUAUAAAGGUCAAAUGUACAAUAACCAGAGCUAGUUCAUGUUUGAGGUUUAAAAAAAGAAAGGUGCCUGGGAUGUACCAUGUUAUCCACUGUACACAUGUCUGCCUUUUACUGGUUAACUGUUGGUACCUGCCAUCUGCUUUAACAGUUUCAAGACAAACAUGACACGUGACGUGACCUUUUUAUCCAGAAUACUGUGCAUGGAAGAGACAGAAUUGUCAGGUUUGGCAGCUGGAUAGAUUUUUGGGUAAAACAUGCUCAUAUAAUCUACAUUAUUACAUAGCAGAGUGAGAAUUAACCACCUGCUGUGUGUUGGCAAUGUUUCAUUUUAGGUUUUUUUUUUAAGGUCUUUCCAUUCUAAAAAAAAAAAAAUAAAUAAAUAAGAGGCCAGUCAUAUUCAGGAUUUAUCAGCCACCAGCCUUUCCUGACUCUUCUGUGCAAUCUACUGGCAGAUUCAGGAUCUCUUGACAGUGUUGGACCCUCCUGUUCUUCUUCCUGGCCUACAGGGAGGAGUCUGUUCCAGAAACUUUGUCUUGUGUUGUUUUUAUACUUUAUUUCCUGCUUAAAAAGAAUCCUAAAUAUGUUGUCUAUCAGUAUUUAAAAUAGGAGGUGGAAGACUAUGGGACUGCUUAUGUGUCGUCGCUUUAGUUUAUUCUUCUUUUUGUGCUUUACCUGAGUUUUUUUCUGAUGAUUUACAAUUGGUUGUAACAACCCGUCAAUCAUCCCUGCCAAAUGCUGUUGUUAGGCAGUCAGGAGAAAGGCUGGCCCCUCGGCUGCCUGUCUAGAGCAUCGCCAGCUCUUUUUCUGUUCUUUGUUUUGGAGCACAAACUUGGCUGAAAAGACAAAAGGAAAAAACAAUGUAUGUCUCCUUAAUAUGUACAAAUCAGUUUUAUUUCUACUUUUUAUUGUAUUUUAAAAAUCCUAAUUUUUGGAUGCUGAAGCAGUGACGUAAACAAAGGAACAGGAAAACAAAGCUGUAUGCAAAGUCUGUAAAUAUAAAACGUGGGUUUGUUCAUACUAGACUAUACACACGCACAGGACUGGAAACUGUAUUUGUAAACUAGCUUUGGUUUGUGUAAUAAAUUACUUUCUAUAACA